AUGCUUUUCCCUUUAGUUUCAGGGGUGGAAUCAGUUGAUCUUUCAAUGGAAGAAUGCUGUGACAAGGGUGUUGAAUGGGCAAAUAAAAACAGAAUAUGUACUUCUCUACCGUUAAUACCCGAGGCCAGAGAAUGCAGCAUGACCCAGGUACAGUGCUGCCACAGCCAGUUGGAGAAGCAGUACUGUUCAGAUGGGAUUGAAUUUGCCAACGUGCGUGAGGAGUGUGACUCGCAUAUUGGUGAAAAUUCCACCUGUGAAGCUCAAUACUUUAAGAUAUGUUGUUACUGUUGUUUGCUGGGAAAGGCUGCCCAAGUUCAAGGACAGAGUUGUGAACCCAACCCAAAGAUAGGAUACCAGUGUGGAAUUGUCUUCAGAGCUUGCUGUGUGAAGGGUCAAGAAGGCACUGAUGUGUCCAUCAGUGACGAUGCUCCUAAAAAGGAACAAGUUGAAAUUUCAAAGGAGGAACUAGACCAAGAAGAUCCUUAUCUGCAUGAUGGCUGCAGAGGUGGUGGUCCCUGUUCUCAGCAGUGCAGAGACACAGGAUCCAGUUAUGUCUGCUCCUGCUUUGUUGGGUAUCAGCUUCAACCAGAUGGUGUCAACUGUGAAGAUAUUAAUGAGUGUAUCACUGGGACACACAGCUGCGGGAUUGGACAAACUUGUGUCAAUACAUUAGGAUCCUUUCGCUGUCAGCGGGACACGAGCUGUGGAACUGGUUAUGAACUAACAGAUGACAGUCGUUGCAAAGAUAUUGACGAAUGUGAGACUGGUACUCAUAACUGCCCCCCCGAUUUUAUCUGUCAGAAUACUCCCGGAUCUUUCCGUUGCCGACCCAAGCUACAGUGCAUGAAUGGGUUUAUACAAGAUGCGCUAGGCAACUGUAUUGAUAUCAACGAAUGCCUGAGCACCAACAUGCCAUGCCCGGCUGGGCAGAUAUGUAUUAACACUGAUGGCUCGUAUACCUGCCAGCGAAUGUCACCCAGCUGCGGCCGAGGUUAUCAUCUCAAUGAAGACGGAACAAGAUGCGUAGAUGUGGAUGAGUGCUCAUCCUCUAGUCAGCCUUGUGGAGAAGGACAUGUUUGUAUAAAUGCCCCAGGCAAUUACCGUUGUGAGUGCAAAUCUGGCUAUUCUUUUGAUGUCAUCAGUAGAACUUGUAUUGAUAUCAAUGAAUGCAGACGCUAUCCAGGCCGCCUUUGUGCUCACAAGUGUGAGAAUACUCCUGGUUCCUAUUACUGCACUUGUACCAUGGGAUUCAAACUUUCAGCUGAUGGCAGGUCAUGUGAAGAUUUAAAUGAGUGUGAGAGCAGCCCCUGUAGUCAAGAGUGUGCCAAUGUGUAUGGCUCCUAUCAGUGUUACUGCCGCCGUGGCUUUCAACUUAGUGACAUAGAUGGGAUUUCAUGUGAAGAUAUUGAUGAAUGUGCUUUACCUACUGGAGGGCAUAUCUGUUCCUUUCGAUGUAUUAAUAUUCCUGGAAGCUUUCAAUGUACUUGUCCCUCCACUGGUUACAGGUUGGCACCCAAUGCACGCAACUGCCAAGAUAUUGAUGAGUGUGUUGCAGAAAGCCACAACUGCUCUUUCAAUGAGACCUGCUUUAACAUCCAGGGAGGCUUUCGCUGUCUGUCUUUGGAGUGUCCAGAAAAUUACCGCAAGUCAGGAGAUACUGUCAGACUUGAAAAGACAGAUACUAUCCGUUGCAUUAAGUCUUGUCGACCGAAUGAUGUCAACUGUGUGUUGGAUCCAGUCCACACAAUUUCCCACACUGUCAUUUCACUGCCCACGUUCAGAGAAUUUACAAGACCUGAAGAGAUUAUUUUUCUUCGUGCCAUCACACCUACAUAUCCGGCCAACCAGGCAGAUAUCAUAUUUGACAUAACAGAAGGAAAUUUAAGAGAUUCCUUUGAUAUCAUCAAGCGUUACAUGGACGGUAUGACAGUGG